AUGAAUCGUCAAACUUUUAAUUCUUUUUUAUUUGUUCUUUUAUCGAUUUUACUUGCAUUAACUAUUACUGUUAGUGCCCGUAUUAAUAUACCUAUUAACAAACAUGCUAAUAAACAUGAUAAUAAACAUACGCCUACAAAAACUAAAUGCUCAACACCAACACCAAAACCGACAUGUUGUCAAUCACGUGGUAGUCCAGGGUGGAAUGACAAAUUUCAUCUAGCUAGUGGUGGUGGAAUUGAUUAUACUAAUAUUACUACCGCGCAAGAUUGCUGUAACGCAUGUAUAGCGGAUCCGAAUUGUUUUCAAUGGUAUUUUGUUUCUGGUGUUAGAUGUCUCAUAGACAACCGUGAUGCUUGUUCACACGUAACCAUAACGCCAAGCGGAGACAUAACGCCAAGCGGAGGUGUUGCAGAAGGUGGUAUUAUUCGUUGUAGUGAUGGUAGUGGCAGUGAGUGUAUACCUUAA